AUGAGCAAAACAUUCACCAAAGACGAUGUCGCGAAGAAGAACAGCCCUGACAAUGGCAUGUACAUAAUCGUCGAUACAUCAGUCUACGAUGUGACGAAAUUCGUCGACGAGCACCCUGGCGGCAGCAAGAUCCUCAAGCGUGUAGCGGGCAAGGACGCGACCAAACAGUUCUGGAAAUACCACAAUGAGAGCGUGCUGAAGAAGUAUGGCAGUUCGUUGAAGGUUGGCGAGGUGGGGGAGAAGGCGAAGCUGUAA